UCUAUAUUUGUGUCUGGGUGCCAUAUACCUACUGCAAUCUGUCUGUAUGUCUGAAUCAUAACCUUGAGUUUAUCUGUUUAUCUGUUUGUGUGUGUGUGUGUGUGUGUGUGUGUGGAUGUAGUGAUGGAACAGGGUAGGCUGCUGGUCCUUCUGAUGCUGGUGUGUGUGUGUGAGGUGUGUGUGUGUCAGCAUUGGUCAUAUGGCUGGUUACCUGGAGGCAAGCGCAGUAUAGGAGGAGAACUAGAGGCAACAUUCAGGAUGAUGGAUGCUGGAGACACACUUAUUCCUCUUACAGACGAGAAAUUACAACCCUAUGAGGAUGUCAACAACGAAUUGGAGGAAAAUGCUAUGAGAAGAAGAGGUCCUUUAAGAAGAGUGUUGCUGGACUAAUAUGUACACACACACAC